AUGACCAUGAGUGUCUCCGCAACAACCACUGCUGUGGCGAUCCAAGAACGUCACCCUACAAACGACAUCACCCUAGAAGUACCAAUGGGUCUUAAGCAACAAGACAUCAUCCAAAUCACUCUUACCGGACCAGGUCUCGUCCUCACCAUCCUAGGUAUCAUCAUCUGCAUCAACCUUUUCCAGCCAUCCCUAACCUGUACUAUUAUCGCCUUGGCACCAAUACCAUGGAUCGUGUAUAACGACUAUCAUAAUUUCAUAUCUUUAGGUCCAGGAGGAACUCCCUCCACUCUACUUGGAUAUGUCAAAAUCACUUAUCUUCGCAUCUUUGCUCUUUCCGAUCCGUACAGCCCACCAAGAAUCCCCGAAGGUAUAGAACCUGGUUACAUACAAGCUGCCCGCAAAACCCUUCCUUUUCGCAGUGGUCCACGUCCCAAAGUUGCCGGUAUUGCUCCCCAGAGACAAAUAAGCCAGUAUGGUUCUCGAGCAAUGUAUGAACUUCUCUGCACUAGCCUCAGUAAUUACGCACAUCGACACUCGGACAAGCUCAAGACGGGGGUAUCUUGUUUCGAGAAGAAAGGGCUUGCGCUCUUCUCUCUCGAGCCUAUCAACACUACCUGCAAUGGAGAAAUCUGCCAUGUGCACCACAGCGACAAUAGUUACCAUAUGAACCUUCAUCCGGAGGAUGCAAAGAUUGUUCUGGAAAAUGGUUGGGGUGAAAGACAUCCAAUGGCUGGCGCUUCUGCACCGCAAGCUGUUGCCUAUUUCUUAUCCUACCUUCCAAUAUCUCUGUCUGCGUGGCUUUCGCCAAGAGUUGUGCCUGAAGAAUUCGUUCUGAUUUAUGCACCGAGGAAUAAAGAUGAGCUUCAAGUUGUAUGUCAUAUCAUCGAGGCAGCUGCAUUCUGGGUCAGUGGCGAGCAAUUGUCACUUUCUAUCGAGAGCGUUCCAUUGACCGAAGAAUCUGCUACUGUUUAA